AUGGCGACAACCACACUCACACUCUUCUGUCUCAUCCUCGGCGAGCUUGUGUCGAAUGCAUUCUCGGUCAAGGUGAUUUCUUCAGCCACUGUCGACGAACUCAAGGAUGCAAUCAUAGCAAAGAAAACAAAUACGUUCGAACACAUUGACGCCAACGACUUGGUGCUCUGGCAAGCUACAAUCCCCACUGACGAAAACGCAGAGAAAGAGAGAAUCAUCACGCUUGAUAGUCUGGACGACAAAAUCCAUUUGAAAUCCCCAAGAACAAGCCUUUCCAAGCUGUUCCCCGAGAUGAUCCUGCUUCAUAUCAUGGACGAGGCGCUUGAGUACGAUACCAUCGUACAGAACCACUGGAAGUUCCUGUACACGGACUGGCCUAUUAUCGACAGAGUGAAGCAUCACCGCACAGAGAUCGCUGCUGUGAACGACAUCGACAGCAUCAAGACAUUUGUGUUGAAUCGCUUGGGGGUCAUACCUGUGUUCUUCUUCUUAACCGUGAUCUUUGGCACUAGAGCAUUUUCCUGCUCAUACAGGACUGUCGAGAAGGGUGUCAUGCUACUCUACGUGCUCGUGAAGGGGAUCUCCUUGAGCGAUAUGGCACGGUACAUCCCGAAGACCUCCUUCCACACCAUCCACAAGGAGUUCUACAUGCACAACCCUGCGGCAUUAAACCGCCUUCUGACCACAAUGUUGUCUGAGAUGCCUCCCGAGAGAAACCCUGAUCCAUUCAAGAGCGUAACACUCAACCUCGACGGCCAUGACUCAAGGAUCAUAUAUGUGAACGCAGACAAAGCUAGUAUGUACUCGUACAAGCUGAAGAAGUCAGGGUUCCGUGUGCAAGUGUGCACAGACAUGAACAACAUGGUCUUUUUUGUAUCCGCACCCGCGCCAUGUCGUGAUUACAACGACGGGACAAUGCUUCUUCGUAUGGGCAUCCAAAACAAGAUCCACAAGCUGGACUGUGUUGCGUUGGACGGUGGGUACAACUUAUUUAUUGGCAAGCUACUGGACAGCGCGGACGAACUCCAGUACGAGAACUUCUGCUAUCCGAUCCGGAAGACACGUGGAAUUGCAUUGACCGAGGAAGAGAAGGCCUACAACGAGAUCUUCGGGAGCUUCCGUUCUCGUAUUGAAGGUUAUUUUGGGGAGAUGCAGUCGACGUUCACUAAGUUCAGUCAUACCGUUGUGAACAAGGUGUCGGAGAAAGAGACGUUUGGUGUUCAGUACAAGCUAGCGUGUCUCCUAAUGAACAUCAAAAGGUUCGUUGCACUCAGGAGCAUUCCCACUGAACAACAUCACAUGUUGUGGCUUCAGGACGGUUUUGACUACCCAAACAAGACAGAGCAAGAGACCACGUACACUCUUCCGAACAUCAAAGUCAAGCUAUCCCAGAGCCAAGAUUUGCUUGCCACACGGAAGGCUUUUUUCGACAUGGCUAUUUCCGAGGACCGUUGA